AUGAACAGGGUUAGAAGCGAACUGGGGCGCAGGAAAAAAGGGGAAAACAUAUUUACACGCGUGGAUGACGCGCUUUUGCGCCGUUUGAAGAGGUCCGCGUGCCGGUUUGUGAAGGAGGUUAAUCGAACGUCCAGGUGCGUUAGGAGGAGCGGCGCGGGGGGUGGCGGCAUUGGAAGGGACGACCAACGGGAGGAGAAGCCGCCCCCUCGAAAGGAAGACGGUGUUGCGAAGAGGAGGGGCAUUCUGCGGGGAGAGCGCAGUAGCAGGAGGGGGAGCCCGAAGAAGGGGGGGCUGCGGGUGCAGUGGGCGGAUGGUAAAAAAGAAGUUGAAGAGGGGGAAGAAGGCAAAGCAGCUAAAGAAGGUGAAGAAGGUGAAGAAGCUAAAGAAGGGUGCUUCCUCGAGGGUGGCUCGUCUGGGCUAGAGAGGGGAGGGGGCCGCCAUGGCAACCCAGAUGGUGCCCCCGACUGCGCACAGCUUCGCACCGACGAUGGGGAGGAGAAGGUUAAGGAGGCUUCCCCCCAGGGAAGAAGCGCUCGAAGUGGAGAGGAAACUGUGGAGGGGCUCCCAAAUCGCUUUGGAGGAGGAGCCCCCCCACAGCAGGGCAAUUUGGAAGCACUUCCCCACGAAAGCUACUCGGGCGAACGCACCUACAGCGAAGUGGACGCGUACGUAGACACGUUUAGGGAAACUCUGGGGGACGACCUGGCGGAUGACCUGACUGACCACAUGGCUGACCGCUUUACUGACCACCUGUCGGACGACAUAACCGAUUUGCAGCCCAUCCAUUUGGCCACCAAAGAAGGAAACCUAGCGCUGGUGAAAAAGAUGCUACAGGCUGGAACCUACAUUAACAGCAAGACGAAGACGAGGCAGUUCACCCCGUUGCAUCUGUCGGCAUCGAGAGGAGACAUAGACGCAGUGAGAUUUCUAAUUGAAAAUGAUGCAGAUGUUAAUGCGCUCUCCUGCGAUAAUGAAACGCCUCUGUGGUGUGCCUCUAUCUCUAACCAUUUGAACGUUUGCAAGUAUUUCCUUUCACAUGGAGCACUGCCUAACUUGACGUUAGGAAGGAAGAGGUACUAUGACUCUCCUUUGCAUGCAGCUUCCAUGAUGGGGAAUUACGAAAUUGCAAAAUUGUUAAUAGAAAACGGAGCAGAUGUGAGUUGCUUAGAUUCGAACCAACUAGAACCCGUGCACUACGCCUCCUUCGAAGGACACAAGGGGAUUGUGAAGCUGCUCAUUUGGCAACAAAUCCGAAAGGCAGUUGAAAUCAAAAUGAAAGAGAUUCUAAGGGCCAUGCACAAAUAUGGGGUCUACUCUAAAACGCUAGAACAGUUUUACUACCUAAAGUGUAAAUCGUUUUAUAAAAAAAGAAUCACCAGCAAGACCCUAUGUUGUGCCAUUACCUCAGGGAAAGACAAAACUGUGAACCUCAUUUUGAGGAGAGGAGCAGACCCAAAUUACUUUGAUGUGCGGUUACAACUGUUCCCCAUCCAUGCUGCUUCCAUCACGGGCAAUUUGAAGAUCUUUAAAAAUUUGGUGAAGAGGGGUGCAAACAUUUACGCGAAAACGGGCUGUAACAAUGCACCAAUCGAUUUGACUGAAAGUGUGGAGAUUAAACAGUUCAUUUUGGAGCACUCGAGGAGAAUUAACUUGAGGAAUGCCUGGCUGGUCAGGCGACGGAAGGCCGCCCACGUGCUCGCUCGCCUCUCCCCCGACGCGUUUUACCACGUCUGCGGGUUUUUGUGA